AUGUCAGUGUUGAGGCAGGUUUACAACUUGAUGUUCAAGAGAACUUCCCCCUUCACAUUGAACAUUUUGCUGGGCUCCAUCUUCUUCAAGAGGGUGUUCGACCAAGCCAGAGAUGCUGUGUUUGAGCACAUCAAUGAGGGGAAAUUCUGGGAACACAUCAAACACAAUUAUGAGAAAAAGUGA